AGACGAUGGUAGAAAAAGUAAUAAUGAAUUUCUCUUUAGGAGCUUGCCCAUCAGGAAAGUAUGGGUUGGACUGUAGCUACACGUGCCACUGUGAUGUAUCCAGAUGCCACAACGUCACAGGCUGUUCUGACACCUGCAACAGAGGAUGGUCCGGUCCAAAAUGCACAAUAGAAAAUGUAGCUUUAUUGAAAAGUACCUACCAGAGUUCAUACAUGUACUUUGAUGGAAUGCUGCCAAAUUCAUCUGCGCUUGCUGUAGAUGGCAGCCGUAAGACUGAUAAUGGAGUAUUCUGCAUACUAACUGACACACAGCCAUACACGUGGUGGGAAGUAGACUUGGGAAAAAAUACUACAUACACAAACUAGCUAUUUACUUCCGCACCGACUACACAGUUCGUAAACAUGGUGUAAAUGUAUACAGUUCUCUGUCUGUAAACCAGAGUAACGCUGGACACUGGUGUGGAAACACAACUGCAAGUAGUCCGCUCAUAUCACAUCUGACCUGUGACAACACCGCUAGAUACAUCACACUCUACAAAAACACAGGACGUGGUAACUCAUUAAUGGACUUUUGCGAAGUGGAAGUAUAUGUCUGUGUUGGUGGCACUUUCGGUGACGACUGCAGCCAGUUCUGUCACUGUCAAGAUGGACCGUGUAACUACACAAAUGGACAAUGCACUGGAGGAUGUAAACAAAACUGGACUGGGAUGACUUGCAGUGCCUGUGAUUCCAGUCACUAUGGUGACUUGUGUAAUAAAGACUGUUCCUCUAGACAUUGUGAUGGAUCAUCAUUAUGUGACAGGAUCACAGGACGGUGUGAAAAGGGCUGUACAGCAGGAUGGAUCGGAUCCGACUGUAAAACAAAAUGUCCACAUGAUCGAUACGGACCGCGGUGUGGAAGUCUCUGCAAAGACAGACAUUGUCGUGAAAACUCCGACUGUGAUCACGUGACUGGGGAGUGUGUCGGUGGCUGUGAAGGAGGAUAUCAUUCUCUCGACUGUAAAAUACGAUGUCAGGCUACCUAUGGUUUUAACUGUAACAUGUCGUGUGGUGCCCGACACUGUCUUGGUAGUCAGAACUGUGACGUGUUUUAUGGAAGAUGUACAGGUGGUUGUCAAACUGGCUGGGAGUUACCUGACUGCACAACUGCAUGUCAAGGUGGUAGAUUUGGACUUGGAUGUCAGUCAAAGUGUAAUGAACGACACUGUAAAGGAGACAGCUCAUCUUGUGAUGCUCAAAAUGGAAUAUGUCAAAAUGGCUGUCAGCCUGGAUGGAAGAGUCCAAGUUGUAACAUACCAUGUGACAGUGGUACCUAUGGCGCUGACUGUACAUUCCAGUGUACACAAAGACACUGCAAAGAGAGUACGACCAGCUGUCAUCACAUCACUGGUUCAUGUGAGGGUCUUUGCCAGAAUGGAUGGUUGGGGAUCGACUGUACAGGAUGUGAUGGGAAAUACGGUCCAGACUGUUCAUUAGCGUGUGAUGCCAGACACUGUAAAGCCAACAAGGCACCGUGUGAUUACAUGAUCGGAUCUUGUGAAGGAGAGUGUCUGCCUGGUUGGCGAGGUGAUACAUGUACUGACAAGUGCAGUGCCACGACCUAUGGUGAUAACUGUGCAAUGCUGUGUUCAGACAGACACUGUAGUAACACCGCAUCUUGUCACCAUAAGACAGGACAGUGCAUAGGCGGAUGUGUAUUUGGAUGGGAAGGCACAACCUGCACGGAAGGCCAAGCUGGCACUGGCAACACUGACACUGGGAACAGUAAUGCUGCUACCAUUGCCUUUUCCGUUGUGACGGGUGUUCUCUUUGUGCUGUUGGUCAUAGUGAUGAGUGUUUUAUUCUGGCAUAUUAAAACUCAAAGGACGAAGUGGGAGAAAUAUCAGCAAGAGAUGACCAAACUAAACAAGAACACGUCCAACCAACCUACAGACCUCAGUGCGGUCGAAUAUGAAAUCGUCGAUAGACAAGAUGGCGGUCACAGCAGUCCCAGAGGUUCGAGUUCUCAACAAGUCGACACGUCCCGUUCAGCCAAUAAUGUUAAUUCUCCGACGUCACGUGAUCAAAUGGAAGCCCAGCCCAGUCGCGUUUUCAGUGGGAGUGGCUAUGUAAAUCCAGGCCAAACGAAUGAAUACGAACAACUUGAUUUAUCCAACUCACUGCAGAAUGAUUACGAUAAGAUAACCGGUGUUUAGACAAUUAAGGAUUGACAGUUAUUUCGUUUACGUCCAUCGGGGUAUGAACAAAAUAAAUCAUCCGCAAAAUGUGUGAAUCGGCGAAUCAGAUGAACGUAAAAAAAAUAACAGACAAUACUUAUUAUUAAGUUUGAAUCAUACUUGCUAAUAAUAACCUUAAGAUUUCUUAUUUUCUUUUGAAUUAGUGUUCCAUUCUUAAACGAUAAGGUUCAGUAAAAGUAAAUACCAAUAUAAAAUUACGUCGUCAGAUAUGACGUUCUCUGACACCGUUAGUUUUACGUUCAUCGAGGAAUUAACAAACUCGGGUUGCUACGGAUGAUGGACCAAUGGGAUGAAGUUAACUUGUAAUGAAUGUAAUGGAAAUUUAAUUAUAUGGAAAUGAAAACAUUUUAAUACCCUACCAGAACUAUAGAUUUUGUCUCCGUCUAUAGGUCCAUUCGUCCCUCUAUCUGUCCGUUUGUUCCACAUAUUUCUGGAAUUUUCUCCUGCCGAUAUUAAUAAUAGAUUGAUGAACGUUAACACUUUUGUCGUGUUGUUUUAAAGAGAAACAUUUUCAGGAAUUUGUUUCACAAUGCCUCAAAAUAUUGAGCUAAAACGAUGUGUAUAACGUUAACAUGUUGAAUUACGGAUCAAGUUUGAUUUACAUUAGGAUUUACCCGUUUUCUAAGAGAGUUACGGUACUUGAAUUAGACAAUACGAAAAUGUGUCGGCCCAGUAGGGAACAUACAUUGCUUUAACAAAGCUCUUAGAAUGUGUGUUUUGUAUAAGCUGGAGAUUUCUUAAUAAUAAUACAAGAUUGGUGUUAUACGGAUAUCAUUUAAUUGGUAUAAUAUUAUGCUGUUAAUACAUGUUUGCUAUACGUUAAUACAAACUGUAGAUCUAGAUUAUGUUGCCGUUAUCUGUUAAUGUAAGCAUACGGCUAGAGUAUACUUUAUGCAACAGAUUGUUAACUUUUGCCAAGUAAACGAUCGCCAAAUUUGGUAUCUAAAAUAGACGUAUUUCAUUAAAUAUGACGAUAGA